AUGGGUGAAGAUUUGAGCUUGUCAUCUCUCUUGCUUAACAUUUCAUCCAUCACUGGGUUACGAUUCAAUAGGACAGAGUCAAUGGCAAUGCCUGAGUUUUCAUCAUUCCAUUUCUUAGAUAAUCUAGAAGUUGGGGGAUUGUUUGACUCACUAACUGGAAGCAUUGGUAUCUCAUCAAGGGCAAAAACUGCACCCAUUGCAUCUUCUUCCUCGUCUGGAACUGCAACAACUGGAGCUGCAGCAAGGUAA